GUAAGCUCGAAAAGGGAGUACUCGAAGAGAAAUCCUUUCAGUUAAACGAUGAAAUUGAUGUUGUGGUUUCAAUUUCCUCAACAGUUGUGAGAACAAUUUCUAAGAUUUUAGGUAUUGAAUGUUUGGAAAAGAAAGAUUACCCAGUAUCAUUAAAGUGCUUAUUUCAAAGACAAUCUGGAAGAAAAACGAAGGUAUUUUUCCAGAUAAUAUCUGCCAAUGUUUGCAGAGACUCGGAGAAAAUUGCUAAACCAGAUGUAAACUUAAAACAUUUGGAAGAUAGAGAUAUAUUUUCAAACUAUAGUAGUGAUGAUAUCAGUAGCAGUGAAAAAAAUUUGGUAAAGUUUAAAAAUGUCAAGUUGAAGUCGAUUGAUAAGGAAAAGACUAAAAAGGGUCCAUCAGUUAAUAUUAAAGCUUCGCAAGAUGAUAACAUUGGAUUGAAACAAUUUGCCAUACAAAGAAAUAACCAUCGUCCCCAGCGCACGUCGGCCCGAAGAGAAAAAAAUAGUCAAGUGGCCAUCGGCAAACAUGAGCAAUCUUUCAAUUCCUAUGAGGAAAGCGAUGAUUUUAUUGAGGAACCAUCAGUCAAAAUUGGAUUAAAAACGCAAGAAACAUUAUUAAAAGCGAAGCGACAACAAAGUGUAAAGUUUGACAAUUUUUGCUGUCAGGAAAAUAAAUCAAAUAGUAAUUGGUUGACUAAGAAGCAACCUGAGGAGUUGGUUGUAGCCAGAAAAAAAUCAAAAAUAACUAAAUCCAAGGUAAAAGCGCCCAGAGCAUGUGCAAUUAUUACUACUACAGAUACAGAUAGCCAGCAUAGGCAAAACGAACAAAUUAAGGCUAACAAAAAAAUUAAGUCAUUUUUGGAGCAAGUAAUACAGGUGCCCAAGGAGGUCAAAAUUUUAACUCUCAACAAUAUGGGCGGUGACGAAAUUUUAAAAACUUUUCCGAAAUAUAAAAAUCAGCUUGACGCUGUUUUUAAUGAACUACGAUCGAAACCUAAAGUAUCCGGUUACAAUGGAAUUAACCACUUUUCAGUUAUUGAACUAAUAGAUAAUGAAAAACAAUUGAAAAUUAUGCACAAACUCGGAGAAGUAUACGAAAAAGACGGAGAUGGGAUAUCCAUGUAUCCAAUGCUUUUUGCGAACGCCUUGAUGCCCGAAUGGUUAGUAAAUAUAUUUAAGGAUAAGUAUAAUUUUUCAUACAGCGAAGCGGUGACUCAUUUAAACAAACAACGACUUUACAUGCAAUAUAUGGAUACAGAUGAUCACUAUUAGCAACAAUUUUUUUUUCUAGUUUUCGUUAACAAUCUACAGGAUAGGGAAAAAGAAUUAUUUCGUAUAAAUUUACACUACACAAGUCUUACAAAAACACGGCUUAUGGUGAUUGUAGAGAAGAAUAGUUUUGAUUUUAUUGAAGAUAAUGUUAGAAUAUGUAACAUACUAAGGGACUUAAAAUAAAGAGUAAUUUUAAGACUUAAAGUUGGAUUGGUCAUGGUCUAAAACUAAGUAAAACUUUAAAAAUACUUUUGGUUCAUGGGGGAAAUAUCCGAAAAUAAACCGAAAUGUAGAAAUAAACAAAUAUUAGAGCCGUAAUAAAUAAGAAAUGUAACAUUAGGAACAGGAAAAUUUAUCUGUUUACGUAAAUCGACUCCCGUGUUCAGUAAUUUUCUUUAUAACUUAACCCACCUGAAUAUUUUAAUUACUCUUUAUUCAUAAUGUCCCUCUGAGGUGUCCUUUUAUUGAAUUAAGGUGGUCCUCUAUUACGAUUUAUAUUUUAAUCAGCUAUUUUGUACAAAUCCAUAGAAAGACGAAACAUUUGUUGAGUUCGUAAAUUAAAAUCUCGAAAAUGAAAUUUGGAAACUAUUUUUUUAUUGAUUCCAAUGAAGGGACCGUGCGAAGUGUUUCAAAUAUGGUGUUCAUAAUAUUUAAAAGAGGGUUUGUAGCAUCCACAGACAUUGUAGGUUGCUUUAGACCAAAGUUAAAUCCAUUUAAAAUGCAUUAUUGCUAACCAUCGUCAUCAAAGAACUGCAGAGUUCGUGGUAGU